CGAGGCCCGUGGGCACUGCCUGUUAUCGGCUACGGGUGUAGUCUUGCGCCGUCCAGCCUGCGUUCGACCUCAUUCCAUCCCCAGCUCGUGCCAUGUACCACGGUACAGGCCACCUACUCCAAGUGCAAGUGCCUUCCUCAAUCCUGCAUUCAAGCUGUACAUGAACCUCUCGUUCCCUGUACUGUCACCCAUACCGCCGCCUGACAAGUACGGCGAUGACUACUCCGACCUGCGGUCUCCGAUACUGACUCAAUCCCUCCUCCGCCCCAUUUAUACCACCGUCCAGAACCCUGACUUCUUCUCUGAUCUCACACGGACAAUCUUACCCUUGUUGCGCCUCGUGCCUUGGACAAUGGCAGCGGCACUGGGGGAUGGCAUGGAUCCCUUAGGACAAUUGGGCCAGUUUCCGCUUGAACAAUGGUUCUUUGAGAUGCCGCCAUGUACACGAUACUGGACGACUGCCACUGUUAUUACGUCGGUUCUGCUGCAAUGCAAAGUCAUCACCCCAUUCCAACUGUUCUAUUCAUUCCCAGCCGUCUAUUACAAAUCACAGUAUUGGCGAUUGUUCACGACGUUCAUCUACUUCGGGCCGCCCUCCCUUGACCUCGCCUUCCACAUCUUCUUCCUUCAGCGGUAUUCAAGAUUGUUGGAACAAGGCUCCGGUCCGUCCCCAGCCGUCUUCUCCUGGCUGCUUCUGUAUGCGUGUACAUCGCUCCUCAUCCUCAGCUCCCUCACCACCUCCAUCCCAUUCUUGGGUUCGGCCCUCUCCAGUACCUUGGUAUACAUUUGGUCACGACGGAACCCAGACACACGACUCAGUUUCAUCGGCGUCCUGGUAUUUACUGCACCGUAUCUACCAUGGGUGUUGAUGGCGUUUCACAUGUUCAUGCAUGGCAGCAUCCCGAAGGACGAAAUCCUGGGUGUCAUCGUGGGGCACGUGUAUUAUUUCUUCGCAGAUGUUUGGCCCGGCCUCCACGACGGCCAGCGUCCAUUGGACCCUCCUGAGUUCUGGGUACGACUGUGGGAGGGCCGGCGAGGAGGAACGGGCGUGCGUAACAUUGAUGAAGAUGUGGCUGCCGCUGCUGCACGGCCCGGCGAGGUACGAUGAGACGAACAGUGUAAGGUCUAGCAUCAACAUUAUCUAGACCUGCACGCUACAAUAAAGUCAUUUCAUUCCAACAAUGCUAUGAUGAUAAUCGAUUCAUGCGUUCCCCGAGUACAAUCAGAUUGCUAAGAGAGUCUGUCAAUUGGGCUCGUAAUUUCGGAACUUCGGCAGGACUUCAAACUCGUCUCAAGUCGACAGAACAUGUUCACUCCAGCAACUAAAGAGCUCAAUCAUAUCAAAACACUGCCAAUGCUUGUACAUGACACUUUGCAAGCAGAACUUCAAGCUACUACAGAACAUUAAUCAACCAUCAGAUUGAUCCAGAUCAGGGCAGGCCACGUCGAUGGCUAUACCACCGAGACAAACGUGUGACAUGCCGCCUACGCAAACUGCGAUGUCGAGUGCCCAUUGAUGCAGCAAUGGCUGAGCCUCUCUCGCGGCUGCUCUUUUUCACCCAGGCCAGAUCUGACAGGUCAGGGAGAUCCGACCAAUCGCCACCAGUGUACGGUGGCAAAAGAGCUGGUAUCUGGGAUCAGCGUCUAUCGGUUGGUUUCUGGGAUAAGACGACUCCCAUUGGUGUACGGUGCGGAAGGGGCGGGUGUUUACAGUGACCCGAAGUCAGGGCAACGGAUGCGUUGCCUGGUGAGAAAACUAGCAUACUUUUGCCGUGUUCCAAGAUCAGCGCUCCAAAUGCCGGAUAGCCAAUGACGCCUAAUGCUACUGAAAUGGUAGUAUCAUCCGCAUAGGACAGGUGUCCUCGGCAUGCAAGCCUACGAUGAGGCUGCACUGCAGAAAGAAUAUAUCACGCAUCGACAUCGCACUUGGCCAGCAACAGCAGUCAUGCGUAUGAAGAGCACUUUUGGAAAAACUUUGGAAUUCAUGGGACCGCAAGAUUGUGAGGCGCAGAGGUUCUGUAGCUUGUCGCCCUCAUUUGUUGACUGAACACAUCCCCGUGGAAGGCGAUUGCAUGGACCGGGCUGCGACUCGGCGGGUGGCCCACUCUUCCCCACAGUGCACCUACAUAGUCAACGAUUGGCUGAGUCAGCUGGGACAGCCUUGCUUCCAACGGAGCCUUGCCGAUCGCCUGAGCGUCUUUCAACAUCAUCCAAUGCCAACGCAUUUCAACAACCACGCAAUGAGGCAAUUACAUGGACUUGGAGGGGAGAGGUUGCUCUCUAAUAUAUCUCUGGAUGGUCUGCAAGGUGCACUUGUUCACAAUCUCCUUGUUGUCACCAGGAUGGGCUGCAGUGGCUUUCUCGAUGACAGCCUCAAUGGUUCAGUUCAUACCUUAUCCACAAACUGGACACUGUGUCGUGCAAUUGCUGUCUCGGCAGUGGAUAAGUUGGGCGGUUGCCGUUGGGUGCAACCAUUCGUCAUAUAUCUGGCUUCUUUUUUGCCUUUUUGGGAUCCUAUGGUUACCAAAGCCAAAACCACUCGCAUGGCCACUAUUCUGAUGUUUUGCUAUCUGACUUUCAAUGAUCGUCCAUUUCCAAACUGUGUUGUCCAGCCUCUCUUCUGAGAAGUCAAUUCUGCUGUCAAGAUCACGGUCUGACGGUAGCUUUUUUGUUUAUAUAUACACCCUCCUCUCUCCCAUUUCUUUUCUUUCCUCCAUCUCUUCUUCAUAUCACUCUCUCCUCUCUCACACACACUCUCUUCCUUUCCUUUCCCCCAUCUAUGCUUCAUUUCAUCUGAUUCUCACUUCACCUGCUGCCUAUCAGCGAGCCUAGCUCUGGUGGCAGACAUUUCGUCUAUAAAGACCUUCCCUCCCUGCCUCUCUUCUCUUCUUUCCUCCAUCCUUCCUUCUCAUCUCUCUUCUCUCCUACUACCGCUUCUUCCACUGCUACUUCUUGUCCCCCAAGCCCUGCCGUCUUCUUCUCCCUUGACCACUCUCACCACUAGGACCAUUAGUAUAGAAAUCUACUUCCAUUGCUUCCACCACUCUUCUUCCUCCUCCUUCUCUUCUUUUCACUUUCUUACUAUUUCCUGCCUUCUCUCCUACCUUGUUGACCUCGUCAGGCUUUUUUGCUCAUUCCAGCAAAACCCUGGGAAGUUUGCCUCUCCCGGUAUCUGCUUCAUGUGCUUGUACUGACCGUGUUACAGGAUCUCUUGCUCAGUUAGCAAAACGCUGGGAAGUCACCCUCUUCCUGUCUCUGAUUCAUGUGCUUGUGCUGACCUUCUUGCAGGAUUCCUUGCUCAGUUUGCAAAACCUGGGAAGUCCCGCUCUCCGUGUAUUUAUUCGUGUGAUUUCACUGACAUUCUCGCAGGCUCCAACUUGAUCUCGCCGCUGAUCUCCCUAUGGAUCUUGCCACAGAUCUAGCCAGCCGCCUUCUGGCUCCCUAUCCCUCCUUAUCCCCUGCUUACCCCUGCCUUGCCCUGCCUUUCCCCAUUGUGUCUCACUGACUGCUCCCCUCCCAAAAGCCCAGCUAUUCAUUCAGGUAAGUGGCCUCCCGUCCAGCACAGUCGGCGCCGGGAGCUGGCAGCCACUUGCAGGGGCGGCCCCGGGUCAAGGACUCCGGGGGUAGGAGUGACUUGGGGGACAAGCCUCCCGGGGCGGGCACGGUGCG